AUGGGAAUAUUUGGGCAGACCAAAAAAGACCCCAAGGAGAAGGUGCGGGAGCUGCAGAAGAAGAUGAGGCAUGAAAUCAGCUCGAUUAAACGUCAAAUUCAUCGAAUCGAGAUUGAGGAGAACAAAGUAAGUCGGGUUUUGCUGGUUUAUUUGGCUUUUAGGUUAAACGACAGAUCAAAGAAGCCGCCAAGAAGGGAGAUAAGGAUGUUUGCAUGAUUCUGGCCAAAGGAAUGAUACAAUCCAGAAAGGUGAGGUUUUAAAAGGUUUAGAAGAAAGUUAGAAAGGUUUUAUAAAAGGUUUCGGAAGGCUCGGUUAGAUCUUGUCAGUAAUACGGAGAGUUUUCGCCGAUGGUAUAGCAAAACAUCAUGGUUAAUAUUCUUUUGCAAUUUUCUUGAACCGUGGGCAAUAACUUGGAGUUUCUUGCAUUAUAAUAGUUAGAGGUGUUUGCUCUGAAGAUUUAAAAGCUACUUUUAGAUAUGUUGGUCAGGUAUUAUUAUCAUUUCUGAGAGGUUUUAUUAAUGCUAUGAUUAAUAUUGUUUUUAUAGCGAAAUCUAUGUAUUUUUUGUCUUUAUUUUGUCUUCAGGUAUUAAAUUUUACGCUAAAUGAAGAAACCAUCUAAUAAACCUCAUUUUAGACAGUAAAUCGACUUCACAUGUCAGCAACCCAGAUAAAUUCGAUCAUAAUGACGAUGCAGCACCAACUUAGCACGAUUCGAAUGGCUGGCGCCAUUGGUCAAUCCACUGAGGUUAUGAAGAAGAUGCAACAACUAGUCAAAGUACCGGAAAUAAUGGCGACGAUGCGCGACAUGUCGCGCGAACUCACAGCCGCCGGCAUUAUGGAGGAGAUGAUCGAAGAUACGAUGGAAGCCAUUGAACCCGAGGAUUUGGACGAGAAGGCCCAAAUCGAGGUUGAUAAAAUAUUGUGGGAAGUCACCGCCGGGGAAUUGGGCAAAGCACCUUUGGCCGAAUCCGCUGGGCUGGAAGCAUCGACCAGUCGGGAGGACCAGAAGGCCAAGGAAGAUGCCGAAGCUUUGAUAGCUAAAUUAGAAGGCAUGCCUCACUGA